AUGAACCCGCAAAUUGUCCCAACACCUGUUUCGGCCACCAAAAACUCUCCACGAUACUCCGGUCAACGUCGAAGAGCGAAUCAACCGGCAUUCGCGCCGACUGCUCAGAAGAUUCUCGAAGAUGCAAUGCGAAUGCCGUACCCCACAAGGAUUCAACCUACGCCUCCGGGUUGGCCGCAUCGGAAGGACCCUUUCACCUUGAACAAGGAGGAGGCAAAACAUCUUGCCGAUGACCACACUCCCAAUGGACAUUGUUUAUGGCUGAACAAUAUCGAUGACAACAUGCACAGGAGAGUCAUGGAAAAGAACGAGUCACGACCUAAAAGGGGACCGCAAACCAUGUUAGAAACACCAAACGGUCAAACCCCUAUGGGUAGGGUUGAAGACGGCAAUAUUGAAGCACAAAUUCAGCGAGUUUGCCGAUUGGAUCGAGCAUUGAGAAGUCUUACAAAACAAAGCCAAUCUCAGAAAGAAUAUUCUGAACAAGUCCAAAUGAUGAAAACAGAUAUUUCGCAUGACUGUGCCCUGCCAGCGAAACCAAUUAUCGAAGAGACCACGAAUGAUCUCAAUACACUGGUAGAAGCCACUAGAUUGAGAGCAGCAGAUCUUGCUCGAGGACUCGUCAAAGCCUCAGGGAUGGAGUCAUACAGAGCAAACACGCCGGUCAAGGCGAAGACGAAAGAUACUAGUCCAGCUGCGCAGGAGACUGUACUCUCUAGAGAGAUUUAUGAGAAUAGCGAGCAUGGCAAAAAUAGAUUCAAGUUAUCAUUGAUCCCGCCACCUCUAACGCGACAUGAUCCUCCACUUCGAGACUUUGCGCGUGAAAAAAGAUGGGCGGAACUUGAAGACGACCAAAUAGCAGACCUAAAACGAUCAGACAGGGGAAAAUUCGUAGAGGAUUCAACACAGAGAGAGAAGAGGGUUGAGGUCGAUGAUGAAUUUGUGACGAAGAUGAGGGAUGCUAAAGUUGGCAUGCGGAAAGAAAUUGACGACCAUUUAUGA